AGAAAAUGAGAGAGAGAGAGAGAGAGAGAGAGAGAGAACAAGAACAAGAAGAGAGAGCGAGGGUUCUCAUCAUCUCUCACUCUUUCAUUUCCUGACAAAGGCACUGUAUUUAGAACUCAAGACCAUCACAAUCAAAAUAUUCCACUCAUAAGCAUCAGACGGAAACAACAAAAAUAGUAGCCAUGAGCAUCAACACCACUCAUAACUGCACAGAGCCCCAGGGUAAUCGGCUCUUUGUUGGGGUCUACUCCAUGGUCUUCAUGGUUGGCCUCAUCCUCAACCUCACAGCACUAGUGGUGUUCUUCCGCUACACCAAGUCUCGGUCUCACACCACCGUCUACAUGACCAACCUGGCCAUCGCAGACCUCCUCCUGGUCCUCACUCUGCCCCUGAGGAUCUACUACCAUCUGGGGAUGUCUGGGUUACCUCAGUUACCUCAGGCCCUGUGUGAAGGGGUGGGCCUGGUUCUGCUGGUCAACAUGUAUGGCAGCAUCUUUCUCCUCACCUGCAUGUGUUUCGACCGUUGUGUAGCCGUGUGUUUCCCCAUGUCUUGCCGGAUUCGGGAGGGCCGAAAGAAAGCCCCACUGGUCUGCCUCGGUGUCUGGGUCCUUACCAUCGGAGCCAGCCUCCCAUUCUACAUCUCCAAACGCAGAGAGGCAUCCAAGGAGAUGCAGGACCUCUGUUUCGGGGACCUUCCAGUCUACGCCACACAGGCCACGGCAGUCGCCUCGACACUAACCGUCGGCUUCGGUAUCCCCUUGGUGGUGAUGUUGGUCUGUUCCUGGGCGUUGAUCCGCACCAUCACAAGGAGCGCUGUAGCCCAGACAGACCUCAUCAACUCUGGGAAGAUCCAGAGGAUGAUCACCACCAACCUGGUGAUAUUUCUGGCCUGCUUCCUGCCCUACCAUGGGACUCUGGCGAUCCUCUAUGUCCAUAGGAAAGCGGUACCAUGUCCCCUACUGUCGGCAUACCGCUAUAGCCUAAUGGUGGCCUGUCUGAACGCCAUUUUGGACCCACUGGCCUACUAUUUCACCACGGAGACGUUCAGGAAGAAGGUGGAUAUGGACGCCAUGAGGAGGAUGUUCCCACUCAACAGCCAGAACUCUGAGGGGAACAAUUCCAGAGCCCCCUUCAACACUUAAUGUUCUAAAGAUACAGUCUGGGAUUCGAAAAAACAACAAAUCCGUCACCUCGCCGGCCGCCAAUUGUUUUGGUAAAAACGUAUUAAAGCCCGUUCCAUGUACUGCCAAGAUAUAGAAUGGUGAUGAUAUUGAAUUUAUGAUGUGUACUUCUACGCCAAGCUAACACCCAAGGUGUUAAGAUAUUGGAUCAUCCAUGUGCAAUCAGUUGGUUCUCAUACUGAAGUUUCGGACUAUGCAGUGGCAUGUAUUCAUGGAUGCCAAAGGAAGGCAGGCUUCCCCAAAACAUU